AUGGAAGAGCUACAACUGGGUAUAGCCAAAUAUCGGGAGGUUAUUCACAAUUCUAAUUUUUUUAAUGAGGUGAAAGAAACUGUGCUGGUGGAAAAUGGAUAUACGAAAAUUAGAUGUUUGGCAUUAGGCUCUCCAUCGGAAAGUUCAGAUGCUCGUUAUCAAUAUGCAUUUCUAUUGGAAUUAAUGGAUUUUUUAAACAUCACCCAAAUUUCCUUAUACGACCCAGUUUUUACGAAAUUGGACAAACAGGUGUUUGCUUCGUAUGUCGUUGAAGAGUCCUUCGAACCUAAGAAUGAUGACAAGGUGCUACAUUACAUUCCACAUGCUCCUCUUUCAGUGAUGGAGCAAAUUCUCAAAAAUGAAAAACCAACGGCAUUCUUGGGUAACGACAUUAUUGCACAUACUGACCGCUUGACGAAGCGGAAGCUUGCGGAUCUAUACCCCUCAAUGGCAAUCCUUGUACAUUAUUCAAAAACAGAUCCAGUUGAAGAUGGGUUUGUUAAAGUACUCCCGAAAAGUCGAAACAACCAAAACACUCAAACAAACCAAAACACUCAAACAAACCAAAACACUCAAACAAACCAAAACAAACGUAGUAGUCGAAAUGGUCGAAAAAGCUUUAAAGAGCCAGAGAUUGAGUACGAUUUGAACUCUGUUUAUUUCGAUGGUGUAGAGAUUAAAAGGUUUAAACACAACUAUGUCAAGGGCGAUGUGUGGGGCAAUUCCUUUUCAGAUAUCGCAUUUCACAAUAUACAUACUAAAAAAUAG